AUGUCUUUGAAUGGGCUUGAUACUGCCCCCGUCGUGGAAGCCUACCAAAGUGCCUUGGCCGACGCGGGCGGAUGGUUUCUACUACACUACAUUUCAAGAGAUGAGAUUGCCCUUCACGAACGAGGCACCGGCGGGGUGCCUGAAAUCCGGAAUGCCAUCGAUGGCUACGAGGAAUGCUCGCCGCUCUAUGGCUUCCUUCAAUACCGGCGCAGAAAAGUGAUCAUCCGCUACAUGCCGGAGGGGUUAUCCCGGAUCAUCAUAGCCCGAAGCAAUGUCCAAUUCCAGUCCGUCACCGACAAAUUCACCCCAAACGACACCGUACUUCCUCUGUCCAAAGCCUCCGAUCUCACCGAAAGCGCCUUGUCCUCCGCCUGUCUCCUCCAUACCGCCUCGACCUCGGUCACUUCUUCUUCUUCAAGCUCUCUUCGCCGCGGCCGGUUGAUGGAAAUCACGGAAGAUGCAGAGGAAAGUGGCACAAAAGAUGAAUCUCUCACAUCGAUCCUACCUCCCCAGUCGGAGGCUCAACGCAGACCGAGUGUCAUGUCGGAAGCUACCCUAAUGCCGUCACCAAUUGAUCCGCCCGCGGGGCCAGAACUACCUCCGACAUCCCCAGAAAGCGAAAAGGCGUCAGUCGAUCCCAUGCCACCUCCAUCUCGGGCGAGCUCCAGAGCCACAAUCUCUCGAGGGAGUCCCAUCGAACCUCCGUCCGCAAAAAUGUCCCCCAAAUCCACCCGAUCAGACCGCUCUCGCUCCAGUUCCAGGUACCGAACUAUCUUGGAUGAAUUCCCCCGUCCUUCCGAAGAGGCCCGGUUGUCCACCCAAUCCAGGCGCCCCUCGCUCCGAGAUUUGGAACGGGCCGCGGGACACAUCCCAAAGGUUAAGCUGGGACCCCGACCGUCCGUGGAUAGCAGUGGAAGGCCCCGCACAGCAGGUAGUUCUCGAAAUGUAGACCAGCGCCCCGUUGCCUCCCUACCGACAAAUAUGCGCCCUUCUUCCGUGCGGAAGCAAAAUGGGGAUGCACGCCCUCGAUCUCAGGGGAGCACUUUCGCAACUAAGCCCACCAGUCGUGUCCCGCCAGUCCCACCUUUGCUGGUCCCACCCCCCUCCAUUCCUAUUUCGAGACCUCAACUUUCCCCUGGCGCCAAAUCACUUGGAGCCUUAUCGACCUCAUCGGGAUUAACCCCUGAGAAAGAACGUUUAAUGAAGGCUUUGCAGCAAAGAAGGAAGAAUCUGGCCAAGCGUGCGGAGGAAACGAAGAAGAAGCAGACCUCGGAAGAAGAAGAACUCAACCCGGUGAAGGAUAUUGCCGAGGAUUUGGAUGACGAUAAAGAGAACCUCAUUCAGAUUCACUACCCUGAUUAUGAAAUGCUGCUGUCGGAGCCUGAGACAAUUCAACAAGACCAGCAGGAGUUGCCUCCUGAGGCCGCCCCUGAGCUUGUUCCCGAGGCUAUUCUAAAACCCGCCUUCGAGCCCGUUCGUGACUCCGCUCUUGAAAUUGUCCACGCAUCUGUUCCUGAAACUAUUGUUGAAUCCGCUCCUGAGCAUACCAUUGAGGCCGUCGCUGAGCACAUUCCCGAAUUUGCUCCAGAGCCGAGUGACCCAAAGUCCGAGGCUGUUCUCGAACAAAUUGCCGAUCUCUCUCCUGCUAGCGAGGAGGAUGGGUCAUUGCCUACGAUCACAAGUGCUGAAAAUUUCAUCACAGCAGCUCUCGCUGCUACAUCUUCCGAGACUGUGAACGCAGAAAAACUACAGACACCCCCUGAGGAUGAAACACGCACUGAGCACGAGGUCUCCGCAAUCCCUAGUCUCGCCCCACCUGCCUCUAAUCCUGGCGUCCCACUUCAAAAUGAACCUGCCCAACGACCUGAUUCAGGGGACAUCCCCGAAACCCAUUUCGAACUUCCCCCCGUUGCAUAUGUGCCAACUGACGAGUUUUCUGAGGUGCCUGUCUUAGCAGAGGUCCGCCAGGCGGUUCCCCUCCCCUCCGCCUCCUCUAUAACCCCUCCAAAAAUCACUGGCACGGAAACCCAAUCCAAUCCCGUUUUUGUCCCAAUCGAGGCGGAAGAGCCGACCCCUGAUCACCCAAUUUCCGAUAAAGCCGAACCUUUGACCCUGGACCAGAGGCGCAGGGUCCUCCUGGAGCCUCUUCAAGUGCCAACCCUUGAAUUCUCGGACGACGACAACCUCCUUUCCGACGAUUCGUUCAUGGAGGAGUUGACCUCGGCUACUGUUCAGGAGGCCAGACCAGUAUCUGUGAAAUCAUCCAACGGCAUCGAUCACGCUUGGAGAAAUUCGCGCGCCGUCUCUAGCCCAUUCAUGGGAUCAUCGUCGGGUAUGCAAGCUCUCCCAGUGGGCCGGUCCAUUUCUAGCUCUCAUUCUGAAAAUGGCCCGCCUCCGCCGGUACUCGUGGCCAAGAAGAUCAACGUCUCCUCUGGAAUUUCCAGUCGUAUCAAGGCUCUUGAAAAGUUCUCGAGCCGAGAAGGCCCUCCCUUGGGUGCAAGUCCGGCUAUAGGUGGGCCACCAGCCUCGUCGUCUUUCGAGAACCAUCGCAAACGUACAUCUAUCUCGUUGCCCAGCGGGGGCUACGAACCCACCCCACCAAGCACCUUGCAUUCUGCUCACGUCCCUGACAGCUUUACCCGUGCGGCGAGCUUGAGUCGGCAUAGCCGUCAGGUGUCUGUGGAUGUUGCUCGGCCCGCUACCUCUGUUUCCAUAACGUCCCGUAUCUUGCGCGAUGCGGAUACCCCUCCCGGGUCUCCCGGAUUUGAGCCCUCGGAGUCUGAUGCUGUCAAGCCCCCGACUAGUCCUUUGACAGUGGAGCAUGAGACAGCCGAGGCACCACUCCCUCUGGCCUCGCCCAUCGAGCCUGCCAGCAUUCUCCACAGUCGAAGCAUGUCAACGUCAUCUACUGCAUCUAGUCGCCAACCGACGUCUCGCCCCUGCAGCCGACCUGACAGCCAUCCCGACAGCCAUUUCGACAGCCGUCCGGACAGCCGUCCCGGAAGCCGCCUCUCUCUCUCCUCGCACCCGUGGACUGACGAUAGCGUCCAGUCUGCCUCGUCCGCAUCCGAAGAUAAUAAAACACCUCGCACCUCGCAAAUCAUGCGCCGCAUGUCAUCGAUCACAUCCAACUCUCGCCGCAGCAUCAUCGGCGCCCUCAGCACGCCAGUCAAGGAAGAGGAGUGUGUUCCCGCCUUGACAGAUGAAUCUGGUGAGACUCCAGAGUCUGCGAGCUCGCGUACUUCAGAGCCUAUUGAAAUUGGCGAGGUGAACGUCCAGUUCCCCAAGACUCUUCUGUGGAAGCGUCGGGUCAUGCGUAUCGAUGAAGAGGGAUAUGUUGUUCUCACGCCUGGCACCAAUGAUGCUACCACUCGGAACAUGACUAAACGCUACCAUCUCACCGAGUUCCGCACUCCGUGUCUUCCCGAUGAAGACAUGCAAGAAUUGCCCAACAGCAUCGUGCUUGACUUCCUAGAUGGAAAUACGCUCCAGUGUGCUUGUGAAUCCCGAGAGGGGCAAGCCUCUGCUCUUCGGGCUCUCAUCGAUGCUCACUGUGCCCACCAGCAAUAA